CAGUAUUCCCAAUAAACAUUUGAGAACUCAUUCAUUUAUUAUCAAAAAGAAACAAUGAAAUUGUUUGCAAUCUUAUUUUUAUGUGCUUCCAUCUACGCCGUUGCUGCUCAAACUGGUGGUGGCGGGGGAACAGGUGGUAGCGUUGUAGGAAAUGGAGAUGCAGGAGAUGGAGGCGACGGUGGACAAGGUGGAGAUGCUACUGGAAGUGAUAACGGAGGUGCAGGAGGUACUGGAGGAGAUGGCGGUGACGUUACAGGAAAUGGAGAUGCAGGAGAUGGUGGAGAUGCCGGAGAUGACAUGUUCACUUUAAAUCCAUUUUUGAAGCAAUUACUGAUGUUAUUUUCCAAUUUAAGUUUUCUAUGCUUAAAGAGGAGAGAACAAUCUUGA